AGGGUUGCGCCACUGAAAAAAAAAAAAAAGAACAUCCAAGGCAUCCUAUUUCUUCUUCUCCGAAAAACCUAUCCUUGUGACUCUUUUCAUUUGUCUUUCAACUUUCAAUCCCGGAAAAACCAUGCUCCACCCUAACCAUAAACCUACCAUCAAAUUCCUCUGCAGUUACCGCGGUAAAAUCCUUCCUCGUUAUCCUGACCGUAAACUCUGUUAUCAUGGUGGCGAAACCCGUGUACUCGUCGUUGAUCGCUCUAUUUCCUUCUCCGAGUUGUCGUUGAAGAUGGGGGAGAUGUGUGGAACAUCGGUGAGUUUACGUUGCCAGUUGCCAACAGAAGACUUGGACGCGCUGGUUUCGAUUACUUCCGGUGAAGAACUCGCCUACCUCAUCGAGGAAUACGAUCGGUUGGCAUCGCCUGCAUCCUUUUUAAAGAUACGAGCUUUCCUUGGGAUGCCAAAAUCAACCACAAAAUCAAUUUCUCUAUCAUCCUCGUCCUUAACGUUAUCAUCCACUUCAUCUUCAAAUUCAUCUUCAUCGUCAUCAACUCCCCGGUCUUCCUGCGUACGUCAUAUCCCCAGGACUCCCCCCGUCGCUUUCCCUCCUUGCUCCUCCAAGAAAUCAACCACAAACAAUAUUCCUUGCUAUGGUUAUCUAGUUCAUCAUGGCAACCAUAUUCAGAUUUACGUUAGAACUGGAAACACUGGCAAUUGCAAUAGCAGGAACCAGCAUCAUAAACUGUUUACCUAUUUUGAAUUGGCGAAGAUCAAUUAGAAGAGUUUUAUCCAUUGAAGAAGAAGAACCAAAAAACGCUAAUCUUUAUGAUGUAUUUGAAACUGUAGAUAGUUUAAUGUCUGCUUUUGAUGGCUAGUAAUGAAAUUUUCACCAGUUUUGUUUUGGAUUGCAUCCCAAAAAACCCAAUUUUUAUUUAUUUAUGGGGAGUUGUUUUUUUUUUUCAUGUAAUGUUUAUUGUCUGGUUCACUCAACCUCACAGUUUGCUUAAGCUUCCCCAAUUUGUUUGUUUUUUUUUUUUUAGUUCAAUUCGUUCAAGUGCCAUUGAAAAACAGCUUCAAGAUAUUGCAUGUCACGUUCCUUUCCCUUGUCCCACGCGUGUGGAACUUUAUUUUUUCCUGACUUCUUUUGAUUUUAAUUGUCAACUUUCCUAUUAUAUUUUUGAAUACUUGGAAUGGUUUUGUUUGAUUGUGAUUCCGUUGCUUUGAUUUAUGAUUUUGCAGGUCAAUUAAGAUAUUAAUUUGGGGCUGAAUGAAUGAACACCAACACGCUUUGAAUGAUUUGAGGUAUAUACAUAGCGAUGGGUGAAGGGAAGCUAAGUUGCUUUUACUUUAUAAAUUCUCCUUUUUGGGUGUCUUAUUACUACUUUGUAGAUAUAAGUUUAUCUAUAUUUUCUUAUAUAUCUAAAAUUUUAUUCACUUGUUCUUUAAAACAA